AUGGCGGGCUAUCUUCGAGGAAAGCAGGCAGGCAUCCAGAAUGACCUGUCUGCCAGCAUCCGACCUGAGCUGUUCACGCCCGACUACCAAGCUCGCUAUGGCAUCAACUCUCAGAUCAGCUGCUUUGCCUACGACCCCGUCCAGUCCCUUCUCGCCAUCGGCACGAGCGAAAGCAAGUUUGGCGCGGGCAAGAUUUACAUCUUUGGCCAGCGCCGAGUGCAAAAAGUGCUGCAGCCGCCGCGCGCCACCUCGUUUCACAGCCUGUACUUCUCCGCCAACCACAUUAUUAGCCUCGACACCAAAAAUGAGCUCGGAUUAUGGGACCUGGACACUGGCGCCCGGGUCGGCGCCCAGGUGGUAGCCGGAACUGUCGUGGCCAUGGUGGUGGACCCGAUGCUGGACUGGGCCUUUAUCGGUCUGCAGAAUGGCGAUAUCAUGGCGUACGAUCUUGAUCGCCAUUCGCUGUCGCGCUCCUUCCGACUGCCCAACUUUUGGAAAGACAAGGACCCUGGCGCGCGGGCGGUGACUCUGGUCUGCAUGGCUAUGCACCCGCGCGACGUGGGCAAGCUGCUCAUCGGAUACACACACGGCGCGGCCACAUACUCAUUCAAGCAGAACAAGCCGACUCAAUACUUUGAAUACGCUGUCCCGCGCGGAGCUCCAGGAGGAAAUGGAGCUGCCAUGGACACUAUUCGCAAACCAAGACUUACACACGCGCUGUGGCACCCCUCCGGCACCUUCAUCCUGACGGCACACGACGACGGUAGCCUCGUAUUCUGGGAUCCGAAAGACCCAAAAAUUGUGCUGGCACGAACCCUGACAGCUACAGGAGUAGAACUGCCGACAACCGGUCCUGUUCAAUCGGCCUUUGUUGAGCCAUAUACAAGAAUUGCAUGGUGCUGCAAGGACAACUGUGAUGACUCCGGUCUGCUCAUCGCCGGCGGCCACCCAUCUACUUCUACCGAGAAUAGCCUCACAUUCAUUGAUCUUGGCCUGACACCCGUCUAUGCGACAUCGUCUUGGCAGGCCCUUGCAAACUAUUUCCAUGGCAAGCGCAGUAUUCCGUUGACGCUGCCGCCAGGAGCACAAGCAGUCGACUUCCUCCUGAUCCCACGCUCCUCACCACAUUUCAAUGGAGCACAGGACCCAAUCGCUGUUGUUGCAUUGCUUGGUGCAGGCGAGCUUCUUACUCUGAGCUUCCCAUCAGGCUAUCCUAUUAGCCCAACGAAUCAGCUCCACCCGUCAACGUUUUUCGUACACCCAUUUAUUACCAAAGUCCAUGUGUCCAGUCUGGAGCGGCCCAGGUGGCUAUCUAUGAUGGAAAAGAGAGACCAGGGAGAGCCGAUCCUCAAGGGUGGUGCUGAAGCCGCCAGACCUCGCAAGCGUUUCGAGGAGAGAACCAUCAUCCAGGCUGCCCACGCCGAUAGCAUAAUUCGCAUCUGGGACUCGGGCCAUGCUGACGAGAUUGAAAACGCUCAGCCUAUACAGGUUGAUAUUGCACGUGCACUGAAUCGCUACGAUGACGUUGAUAUCUCGUGUAUGAGCAUGGCGAGCAACACUGGCGAAUUCGUCGUCGGCACUAGAACGGGCGAGGCGAUUGUCUACCGAUGGGGAAAGAAUCGAUUCCAUGGAAAGGCUGAAUCACCUCCUAUUGACCCCAAUCCGAAGGGCCUGACCGAUAUUAGCUCUCGUGCGGAGCCCAACCUCAAAGAAGGACUGCAGCCGUUUGUUUUAUAUGAGAUGAUGAUGGGGCCAAUCACGGCAGUGAAGCUUUCUAACGUCGGGUUCGUUGCCGUCGGGUCUGAGCUCGGAUUCCUUACCAUCAUCGAUCUUCGUGGUCCGCAAAUUAUAUACCAGGCCCCCAUGACCGAUUUCGCCAAGCAAGAAAAGCGCGGCUCGCUCUUCAAGAGUGGCCACAGCCGUUCUGACUCUGCGCCACAGAAGGAAUGGCCCGUAGUCAUGGAGUUUGGAGUCAUGACUCUUGACGAGGACAAGUAUUCCAGCAUAUGCUGCUUCGUCGGCACCAAUCUUGGCAAGGUCAUUACAUUUAAGCUGCUUCCCGCUGCCAAUGGCACGUAUUCGGUUCAGCUCGCUGGUGUGCUGGCUCUCGAUAGCAAAGUCAUCUCUCUCAACGCCAUCGAAGUAAACACAGGCAGACCUGCUGCGGCCACUGGCCAGAUUGUUGCUGGACUGCGCGACGGACGACAAGUGAAUGGCGCAGUAGUUGCUGUCACGCAGACGGAAAUUCGCAUUUUCCACCCUGCCAACUCAAAGGGUGCGUCUAAGGAAUUUGACAACAUGCUAUGCGACGCGGCGUCUGUUGCGGAGCUCGAACUGCAAGGCUACGCCAUCGUCGCCGUGUUUGGAGACCGCACUGCGCGAGCCUUUUCUAUUCCUGCGCUGAAGGAAAUCGGCAAGGCUGAUCUUCCUACUGUGGACCCUACUCGAAUUACUGGAACGGUAGUUACACAGACGGGCGACAUAUUCGCAUGGACUGGACCCAGUGAAUUAGAGGUCAUUCACGUCUGGGGCACUGGCAAAGCGCUGGAAGAGUCGCCCGAUGUGCUCCUCAACCCGAAGCUCGAGUGCCCGCCACGACCGACCAUUUCCAAUCUGCAGUGGAUCUCUGGCACCCAAUACGUAUCGGUCCUCGACCUCGACAUCCUCGUGGGCGGCCCGGACCGUCCGCCGAGCAAGCGUAUGCUUGCGGCUGCCGCGGCGGAGCAGAGAGCCGCCCGCCAAGGCGGCGUGGCGGGAGGCGCGGCAGUGGGCGGUGCGCAGGAGGGAUGGGGCUCAUACCUGUCGCGGCAGCUGGCCGAGCGGACAGAGAAGCUGAACAUCAUGGGCGACGGCAUGGACAAUCUGCAGGUUCAGAGCCAGGGCUGGGCAGACGACGUCAGCAAGUACAUGGGCAAGCAGAAGCGUGGACUAGUCAUGGGAGCGCUCAAGAGCAAGUUCUUCUGA